AUGCCAAAUCUUGCACCAGGUCUCAUCUUCAUCAUCGCAUGGAUUUUUCGGAUGGAAAAAGUGAACUCAAGCUGCACAUAUAGUAGAAUAAAAAUUGUUGGCACAUUUCUUUGUGUCUCUGGGGCUCUCACAUUGAGCAUAAUGCAAAGCAUCUCUGCACCUAAGUUCACUAAAGAGGGCACACUUCAAUCACCAUCUCCACCACCGAAUUUGACGUUUGACAGGGACAAGUUAAGCGGUUGUCUCUAUCUCAUGGCCGCAGUCCUCAUAUUGUCAAGCAACAUUGUCCUACAGGCCUUUACUCUGGGAGAUUUUCCUGCACCGAUGUCGUUGAGUGCAAUAACUUGCUUUUUCGGGACGUUUAUGACUGCCGCAGUUCAAUUAAUUCAGGAUCACGAAUUCAAAACUGGUUGGCCAGUUGUGGGGAUUGGAGACCUGAUUGGCUAUUAUCUUCUGGCAGGUGUAGUGAGUGCAAUAUGCUCGAGUGUGAAUUGUUGGGUAAUUGAGAAGAGAGGACCGGUGUUUGUGUCCAUGUUCAGCCCUAUUGGCACAGUCUGCUCAGUCAUUUUCUCAGUUGUUACUCUAGGACAGACCAUGAACACUGGAAGCUUGGCGGGUAUGUUCCUCAUGUUCACUGGCCUCUACAUUGUUCUUUGGGCCAAAGGUAAAGAAGGUGGCAUAAAGAGUGAGAAUGAUGCAGAGAAGCCUCUCUUAAAGUUCUCCAUCGAGGAGCAGGAGGACGGGAGUUUUACUCGCUUCGGAGGAACUAGAUCUGGUUCUUGGUCGGAGAUCGCUAUAGCAGUUUAUAUAGGUUGGUUGCAGUUCCAGCAGACAAGGGGAACAAAAGGGAAGGACACAUCUAGUGUUGUAGGCCAUUCCAUAAUCUUGACACAUGUCUCUCAUGUUUGGUCUAUUCCUAUUGCACCGAAGGGUGGUCCCUCUGGUCCAGAUAUGGCAAGGUUUCCAGUGACAUUAAGCAUUUAUGCUUUUGAUGGUGAUUCUUGGUACGAGUGGCUGAAAGAAGUUAUAGGUAACAAGAGGUUGUUUCGCAAUCAAUCUGGGUUUGUUGAGGGCAUCAUGAUCGAUCAAGUGUCGUGA